ACCAACCGGAGCGACAUAGACAACAUGGCGGCGUCCUGCAAAGCAGACCAAUCGCCAGAACUGUCGACGCCGUUGAAGAUACCGAAGACAGAGGCGCCUUCCCCCGAGUCGGAGGAUUUGAGUGACAGUAACCAAUACCACUCCGACCCCUCCACACCCAACCGCUUCUCGCCUUUGAACGUGGGCUGCGGGGCUGCCGGUCGGACAGCGGCCUCCUCCUCCUCCAACAACUACACGGCUUGCCGGGGGAUGUCGUGGACGCCGUCCGAAACGAACGCCCUCAUCGCGGUUUGGGGCAACGAACGGCUGACGGAGGCCAAAAUGCAGCAGUUGGAGGUCGCGGGCACCAUGUUCACCGGGAAGGCGCCCGGCCCUGCCAUGUACGAGCGGGUGUCCAGAGCCUUGUCGGAGCUGGGCUACGAGAGGACGCCGUCUCAGUGCCGGGAGAGGAUGAAGACACUAAGGCGCUGCUACAGCCGCGUGAAAGAGCAUGGCAUCGGCAAGAGGAAGAGCAGCUACACUAUAGAGCAGCUGGAGAAGGUAUUUGGUCAGGGAGGCUGGGACCCCCAGACUUGUGCCCCAGUCCUGAUCAACAGUAGUGGACUGUACCAGGACAUGGAGUCUGAUAGUAGCACCGUAGAAGAUUACUCCCAAGAGGAUUGGUGCAACCAAGUGCUGGACUCUGCAUUCCAGGAGGUAGACAUGAACAGUGAAAAAAUACAGGUGCCAAAAAACAAAGCUCUUCGGAUUCAAGCUGAGCUGUCAGCGCAAACCCAAAAAAUGGAAUUUAUGCAGACGUUGAUUCGUAUCCUAGAUUCAGUGGACCUGAAAUGGGAGCAUUUUCAGUCUUGGACUGAGUUUUCUCGGCUGCACCUCUCUAAUAAGCUGGCCAUUUUUGGCAUUGGCUAUAACACUCGCUGGCGAGAGGACGUCCGUUAUCAUUAUGCGGAGAUAAGCUCGCAGGUGCCACUGGGAAAGAGGCUUCGAGAAUACUUCAACCCUGAGAAGCCUGAGGGCAAAAUUAUUAUGAACAAAGUUCAAAAGAUGAACUGGAAAAAUGUCUACUACAAGUACUUGGACAUUACCAUCAGCGAGGCACGUUGCCUAGAGCUUCAUAUGGAUGUAGACUGGAUCCCUGUGGCUCUGUCCAGGGAAGCAGUGUGUAGCAUGCGGACAUACCAUUACCUCCUACCUGGGGACAUCCCAAAGGCAUAUGGACUAUACGCUAUUGGUUUUGAGGAGGCAUCAUCUGACCAGGAUGAUACUAAAAACUGUAUCUUACCUCAGUGUGACUCUGAGAAUUGGGCAGAAGGAGGAGCAGGGGAUUGUGAGAGCACUAGAACCAAAGUCACUUACUGCUACCUUGGCAUAGCUGAAGAUAGGAACAUACAACAGUGUGUCCUCCAACAUUUUCAGGGUUCAAGCAAGCACUACGUCCAAGGUGAGCCCUCCUCUGUGACUUGCUUCCUUCAAGAGAACCGCCAAGACGGCGUCACAGAUGACUCAAUGAAAGACGAAGACCCGAUUCGUUGUAUGGCCAUUUACAUAAAAUUCAUAGAAGUGGAUUUGGACUUCUUGUCUGCAGGGUCGCUGGUGGAGUGCCUAGAAACUGCUAUUGGUUAUUCUUUAAAGUACAACAACAAGGAAGCAUUUUAAUUGUCUCACAGGUUGUGAAACACUUACUU